AGGAAAAGUUAGAGGACUGCAGAGGCGCACGGUGCCAGACCAGGACCACGGGAUCCUCUACGACUGCCGCCGACAGAACGCAGCUCUACGCUUGUCGUGUUCGAGUGAGGUCUGGGGGCGAGCAGGGCCAUGGCAUGCGAGUAGAGAAGUGAAGAGUUGGUGCGAGUUAAGGCAGGCGGCUCCGAGUUUUAUUCGCCUCAAAGAUGAAUCCGAGUCAGCUCGCCGUGACGCUGAUCCUCCUCGCCCUGUGCGCGGCGGUGCAGCGCUCCGACUCCGCGGCAUGCAGUGGAUGUUCUGGGUCCAAAUGUGACUGCAGCGAAAAAGGACAGAAGGGUGAAAGAGGUUUCCCCGGUCUCACUGGGCAGCCAGGAGUUCCAGGAUUCCCUGGACCUGAAGGGCCCACUGGAUCCCGGGGAGAGAAGGGUAGCGAUGGACCUGCAGGACCACCUGGCCCGAAAGGAAUCAGAGGACCUGCUGGUUUGCCGGGAUUCCCAGGAACACCAGGAAUUCCUGGCCUGCAAGGCCAGGAUGGACCACCUGGGCCAAGGGGAACACCAGGAUGCAACGGCACAAAGGGAGAAAGAGGUUUCCCAGGAACAUCUGGAAUCCCAGGACAGCAAGGACCACAGGGUCCACCAGGUCUGCCGGGAGAGAAGGGAGACCCCGGCGAUAUCAUUUCCACUAACCAAUUUGGAGAGCCAGGGUCAGUGGGAUUGCCCGGGAUACCCGGAGCCCCAGGACUUCAGGGAUCUCCAGGAUAUCAAGGACCAGUUGGCCCUCCAGGAGCCAGAGGUAUUGAGGGUCGGCCCGGUGCUCCUGGUCUUCCAGGACCAAAGGGAAAUAUGGGCUUGAAUUUCCAAGGACCCAAAGGAGAAAAGGGAGAGCCUGGCCUGCCAGGACCUCCUGGUCCUCCUGGGCUGGUGGGAGAGCAGAUCAGACCGUCCGAGACUGAGAUUCAGAGAGGCGACAAGGGUGAACCAGGUUAUCCAGGCCCCCCAGGUGAUCCAGGCUACCAAGGUCCACCUGGUCCUUCUGGUGGGCAAAAAGGAGAGAAGGGAGAAUUUGGAGAGGCUGGCAAGCGCGGGAAACCGGGCAAAGAUGGUGACCCUGGCCCUCCUGGCUUCCCAGGAACUAAAGGCGAGCCAGGUCGACCUGGUCAACCAGGACUUGACGGAGCAAGAGGUCUUAAGGGUGACAGAGGAUUUCCUGGUCCACCUGGGGUGGUGAUUGGUGGACAAACAGGAGGUCGGGUGGGCCCCAAAGGUGAACCCGGAAUCCCCGGAUCACCAGGCCUUAAAGGCGACAGAGGACCAUCAGGGUUACCUGGAGCACCAGGAGCACCAGGCAGUCCAGGUUAUGGCGGCGGUGGCGGUGCAGGACAACCAGGAUUUCCGGGAGAGAGGGGUCAGAAAGGAGAAACAGGCGCUCCAGGGCUUUCGCUACCCGGUCCUCCAGGCCGUCCAGGAUCACCUGGACCGCAGGGUCCCCAAGGUGCUCCUGGCGCACCAGGGAUUUCUUCAAAUGGACGAAACUGUGUCCCUGGUGAACCUGGACGUCCUGGUACACAAGGAGAAAGAGGGUACCCAGGAGAUACGGGACAAAAGGGUGAGAAGGGUGACACCUGUGUUAACUGCUAUAGCCCAGUGUCUGGAAUCCCGGGACCACCAGGAGCUCCAGGACAGCCUGGAUUCCCAGGAUCUCCUGGUGGGCCGGGUGUCAAAGGAGAGCGAGGAUUCUCAGGAGCACCUGGCUCCCCUGGCCCCAUUGGUCCCCCCGGUCCCCAAGGUGCUCCUGGAUACCCCGGCGAAAAAGGAGACCCGGGAGAUGCCAUCACAGGCCCUGGUACUAGAGGAGAAAAGGGUGAUACUGGCUUUCCUGGAACACCUGGCCUGCCAGGUUUGGAUGGACGCCCUGGACGCGAUGGACAGCCUGGUCUUCCAGGUCCUAAAGGAGCACCUGGAUCUUUGCUGGUGAAAGGAGAGCGUGGACUACCUGGAGAUCCAGGUAGUCCAGGUAUUCCAGGAGACAGAGGUAGCCCUGGAGGGCCUGGUUUUGGACCUCAGGGUCCUUCAGGUGAAAAGGGUGUCCAAGGUGUCUCCGGAUCGCCUGGUGGCCCCGGCGCUCCUGGUGCCAAGGGUGAACCUGGUGACACGAUAGCUCAGAAAGGUCAGCCAGGACCACGAGGUCAAGAUGGACAGCCAGGACAGCCUGGAAGUCCAGGUAGUCCCGGUCAACCUGGGCAGCCUGGUUUCCCUGGUUCACCUGGACCCAAGGGUGACCCUGGACUUCCCGGGAUUGGACUCCCAGGACCUCCUGGCGCUAAAGGAUUUCCAGGUAUCCCAGGACAACCAGGAACUUCUGGAGGACCUGGCAGACCAGGGGUUGAUGGACUUCCCGGUCAGCCAGGACUCCCUGGACCCAAGGGUGAACCUGGCUUUGGACUCCCUGGACCACCAGGUUUACCGGGAGUACCUGGAGCCAAAGGUCUUCCUGGACCUAAAGGAGAUCCAGGAUUCCCAGGUGGUCCUGGAGGGCCAGGUCGAUCUGGUUUUGAUGGUGGCCCUGGAUCUAAAGGUGAGCCAGGUAUUCCUGGUAUUCCUGGAGCUCGUGGACCACCUGGAACCCCAAGUAGUGGUUUACGUGGGCCACCUGGCCCUCCUGGAACCCCAGGCCCUAUUGGGCAGCCUGGGUUCCCAGGAGCAAAUGGAGCAAAGGGAGACCCUGGUUUGCCUGGUUUAGAUAUCAUUGGCACUCCUGGAGAGAGAGGAACCCCUGGUUUCCCGGGAUCCCCCGGUGCUCCUGGUACCCCAGGACCACCUGGAGGACCUGGACGGGACGGCCUUCCUGGACUUCCUGGCGCCAAAGGAGACAUGGGUCCGAUGGGACCUCCAGGACCAUCUGGGGGGCCUGGUGGGCCUGGACUGCCUGGUGGUCCUGGACAAAAAGGUGAACCUGGAUUCCAAGGGAGGGAUGGUGUUCCUGGAGGCCCUGGGGUAAAAGGAGAGAGAGGCGACCCAGGUCUUCAGGGUCCACCUGGAACCAGCCUGCCACCACAUACCUUUAAGGGAACAAAAGGAGAACCAGGAUUGCCAGGGGGGCCAGGCUUCUCAGGUCAGAAGGGUAUCGCAGGACUCCCUGGUGAUCCUGGACUUCCUGGAUCAGAUGGACGCCCAGGACUUCCCGGACCGUCGGGUCCGAAGGGAGAUCCUGGCAUUCCUGGCGUUCCAGGUAGUCCUGGAGGUCCAGGACCAAAAGGAAACAUUGGAGAAAUGGGAAUUCCAGGUCCUCCUGGACAGAAGGGAACACCAGGGCUUUCAGGCAGACCAGGUUCCCCUGGGCAGCCUGGCUCACCAGGAUUUCCUGGGACCAAAGGUGAACCAGGUUCUGCUGGAGUUGGACCACCUGGACCAUCUGGAUCUAAGGGUGAACCUGGACAGCCUGGUUUCCCCGGGUCUCCAGGACUGAAAGGAGCUCCAGGAUCACCUGGUCUGCCAGGCGUGCCUGGCGGUCCUGGGUCAAAAGGAGAUCCUGGUCUCCCCGGAUUCCAAGGUACCCCUGGUAUUCCUGGUCCCAAGGGCCUUGAUGGAGGACCUGGUGCCCCAGGUCUUAAUGGAGGUCCAGGCAGACCUGGAGAACCUGGUCGAUCAGGAUCGCCAGGAAUUCCAGGAGAAAAGGGUCAACCAGGUCGUGAUGGGAUCCCCGGUCCAGCAGGAGUUAAAGGAGAGCCAGGUCUGCCAGGCUAUGGUACUCCAGGGCCAGCUGGACUCCCAGGAUUCCCAGGUGCUAAGGGAGACCCCGGUCUUCCUGGCCCACCUGGCAGCCCAGGUUUCCCAGGCUCAAAGGGAGAGGCUGGGUUCCCUGGCCUCCCUGGUCCAGCUGGACAGAUCGGCCCUCCUGGAGCACCAGGUCAGGCACUGCUUGGACCCAAAGGCUUACAAGGACCUCCAGGACCACCUGGCAGAGGAGGACAACCCGGUCCCCAAGGUCCUCGAGGACCUCCAGGAAGCGGCGGCGUCAAGGGAGAGAAGGGUAUUCCGGGGUCUCCGGGACAGCCGGGAUACGCAGGACAGAAGGGAGAGACUGGUACUCCUGGAUUCCCUGGUACUUCAGGUCUUCCUGGUGGACCGGGUAUUAAGGGAGACAUUGGCCUUCCUGGCGUUCCUGGUUUCCCAGGAUCGAAAGGAGACCCUGGUAUCCCAGGAGUUAGCGGUCUUCCGGGUGAUCCUGGAGACGUGGGACCUCAGGGCCCCCCUGGACUGCCAGGUGUACCACCUAACCCAAUUGUGGUGAAAGGAGAGAGAGGCCCCCCUGGUGCUCCAGGACUCCCAGGUGGCCGUGGACUUCCUGGACCCUCCGGACGUGAGGGACAGCCAGGUUCCCCUGGUUUACCUGGAGAUCCUGGACUUGAGGGACCACCUGGUUUCAGUGGUGGACCUGGUCGGAAAGGAGACCCUGGACCUGCUGGACAGCCUGGUCAGCGAGGCUUCCCAGGUCCGCCCGGUUCUGAUGGUCCUCAGGGGCCUCCUGGUCUUCCAGGGUCAGCCUCAGCGUCCCAUGGCUUCCUCAUCACUCGCCACAGUCAAAUUCAGGAAGUGCCAUUCUGUCCUGAUGGGACGAACCUCAUCUACGAUGGAUACUCUCUGCUCUACGUCCAGGGCAACGAGCGCGCACAUGGACAGGACCUUGGCACGGCAGGAAGCUGCUUGCGUCGUUUCAGCACCAUGCCCUUCAUGUUCUGCAACAUCAAUAACGUUUGCAACUUCGCCUCUCGCAACGACUACUCCUACUGGCUGUCCACGCCCGAGCCCAUGCCCAUGUCCAUGGCGCCCAUCACAGGAGAGAGCAUCAAGCCAUACAUCAGCAGGUGUGCAGUGUGUGAAGCUCCAGCCAUGGUGAUCGCAGUGCACAGCCAAACGAUCCAGAUCCCCAACUGUCCAAACAACUGGUCCGCCUUGUGGAUCGGAUACUCCUUCAUGAUGCACACCAGCGCCGGAGCAGAGGGUUCUGGCCAGGCCCUGGCCUCCCCUGGCUCUUGCCUGGAGGAGUUCCGUAGCGCCCCCUUCAUUGAGUGCCACGGCAAAGGAACCUGUAACUACUACGGCAACUCCUACAGCUUCUGGCUGGCCACUGUAGACCAAAACGAGAUGUUCAGUAAGCCGCAGUCUGAGACGCUCAAGGCCGGCAAUCUGCGGACACGCGUCAGCCGUUGCGUGGUCUGCAUGAAGAGGACGUAACGCCAACAACACCUGAGAUAAAGUGAGAGCAAGACAGAGGACAAGUCGUGGGAGCGGUAGCCACGACAAGAUGGAAUUCCAUCGGUGCGUUGUCUUCUACGAAUAAAAACAAGUCUAUGGUGCUACUGUAAAACACAGCUUAACUAAGUAACUGACAAAUAAUUCUUGCAUUUUGGCUAUGAUCUCUUAAGAAGUACCUCAAAAUGAAAGCAGAAAAUGAACCACUGAAUGGUGCCAUGAUGGAUGUCUGUUAACAAUACUUCUCUUCCUUCUUAUCCAAAAAAAAAAAGGAUUUCCUGUCUUUUUUCAUACUGUGGGUGCAACAGUGGCUUCAUUGCGUCACACAAGUGCUUUUUCUUCUUAUUUUUUUUGUUUGUAUUUGGCCUUAUCGAUAAGGAGUGGACGCUCUCCACGGUUACCAAAUGGGCACUUUGACUUCGGAACAUCCAAGAUGAGAGAUGCACUGACUUUGAGCUUUCCUUAGUCUAUUUUUAUAAUGAAUAGCGCGGCAUUCACACUCCUCUCUGUUUCUGUCAUUUUCCGUGGGAUUUUUUUUGUUACAUUUGGGGGUACUAACUCUGCUGCAGCCCGUCUGCUAACACACCAGCCCUUUCUUUGUUUUUGUAAGUAAUAAAAUGUGUAUAUUGUGUAAAACACCUUUUAUUUUUAGUGUUUUAGGUCCUGAAUUGGUGCCAGCUGUUUGUUAAAGGACAGUUUUCCAGGUUUAUUCUGCUCACACACACACAAACACACACACGCACACACACGCAGACACUCAUGUACAGACACACUCUCUUGUUCACCUCAUCGCUCACUGACACAUUCAGUUAUUGUACAAAGGCUUUUAUGAAUGAAACAGUAUUUUAUAUAUUAUAAAUAUAUAUUUGAAAAAAAGAGGAGGAAAAGGUAUAUAAACUUAUUAGGCAGUGGGCUGUCGUCACCCACGAUGCAUUUCACCAAAAAUAAAGCUAACUACUGAGCACAAACAGCCAUUUUCCUCAAACACAACAGGCGUUUACGCCAACCACAUCAAAGUUUUUCAUCUUUUUGUAGUAUAAAUUACUAUCCAACUGAAUUAAAGGCGGGGUGCUUCUAGAUAGUCUCAUGAUUGGAAGAUGGAAGAUAACUCUGCAGCAAAUGUGGAUGAACUUCUCCUGGUGUCGGGCUUUGCUGUAAAGGGAGGGCAAAACAUUUUGUUUGCACCCCAAAACCUCUGUUUGAAAACUGCAUUGCAAAAACGAUUCAAGUGUGCUACUGACAAAGGCGUCUUUCUUUGUCAUAAAGAAAACAAACUCCUCAUGUACUGUAAGUCUUUAAGCGCUGUCUGGGGCAGAGGGGCGUUUUCCCUGUGAUCUUAUUGUCAUUAUUUCUUUUCCAAACUUCUUUUAUGAACUCUGAUUUUGUCAUGCUGGGGUGCAAUUAAAAUGUGCAUUUUUUUUGUUUUGUUUUCAUGUUAUGUUAUCCAGAAGUUGUUAUAAACUUUUAAGACUGAAAUAAACAAU